AGUAUCUAAAGCCGCUUACGGAGGGAGGGCUACUGCUACUACGAAGCCGCCUUCGUCGAACCAAAGACUCGCGAUACACGUCCGGUGUCCCUUGGGAACACCUACACCGUGCUCUCCGCAUUAAAUACGAACUCGAAUUAUGGUUCGAUUCACCACAUGUGAUUACCCGUUACCCAGGACCAGGUUAAGUUAUAAGACUCGUGCAGAAACAUUUUCAAUUACAAACAGUGGCCAACCCACGCCUACGGUGGAAAAUAAAGUUGAAGCGAGCCUCCGCGAUGGCCUUCUUCCGCUGCUUCGUUCCGCUUCCUCCCACCGCCGAGAUGACAACGAUGGCGGCGCCACCCAUCGCACCGUCUGCGGCAUACGAGUUCGCGUGGGGGCCGUCCCCCGUGACCACCGGCGGCAGCGAGCCAAACCUGCCACGGAUCACCCCCGACUUCAGCCCACCGCUCAUCGCGAUGGUGGCCGUCGUCGGCACCGCCUUCCUCAUCGUCCUCUACGCCCGGAUCCUCUCUCGACAGUUCCGCCUCCUCCGCCGUCGCUGGCGCCGAUGGCGCCGGCGACGGCGGCUUCUUCAGUCCACGGCCGCAGCGUCCGACCUGGAGUCCCCUCCGCCCUUCGGCGGCGCCGCGUCCUUCGGGUCAUCCUCGGACUUGUUCCUCUCGCCCUACGGCCUCGACGACGCGGCCAUUAAGGCCCUGCCCGUGUCCCUCUUCUCACGGGCCAAGGCCAAGCAGCUGGCCGUCACGAACCGCGAAUGCGCGGUGUGCUUGUUGGAGUUCGAGGACGACGACACGCUCCGCACGCUGCCCCUGUGCGCACACGCCUUCCACAUGGACUGCAUCGACGUGUGGCUCCGCUCCCACGCUACCUGCCCCCUCUGUCGCGCCGCCGUGCUCCGCCACGAGGCUAUUUUCGCCCCUAUGCGCGCCGCCCGGAUCCGCCCCAGUCUCGACGACAUCCUCCUCGUGGACCCACCGCCGGACCCCGGCGGCGUGGCGAUACUUCCGGACCCCGACCCGGACCCGGAGAUCACCCCUGCGGCAGCGUCCCCGCUUCACACCGAGGACGGCUUCGGCCCGCGGGACUUCCUCCUUAAGCGCUCCUACUCGUUCGGCUUCGAGCGAAGCCUGGCCGCGGAGCGCAUGGUGCUGGAAGCGUCGACGGCGUCGCCAUGGCGGUACCGCCAGCACCGGGUGGGCUUCUGGAGCAAGCGCUGGCCAUCGCCGUUCGGGGGAUCCUACUCCGCGUCGCGAGCACCGCGCGUCUUCUCCUUCCGCUCCUACCGCGGCGCCGCAGCCGCCGCCACCCUGGCCAAGUCCCCGGCCUUCUUCAAGCGUCGCGGUUUCUUCCCACUCUCGUCGGAGCCGAGCGGGCGGCUGAGCACCGGCGCUGGACCAUCAUCUCGCCGGAGCCGAUCGAUGACGAGUCCAUCCUCCCUCCUCCUGCGCCCGACGCCGUCAUCCUCCCUGACAUUCUCCUCGAGCCGGAUCCGGUGCGGGGACCCGGAGGCGCUGUUGUCCCCGGACCGGUUGAAGUAAUCGACGGUAGUCGGUGGUGGCGGUGACGGACAGAGAGAGAGAGAGAGAGAGGUGCUGGGAUGAGGUGGAGCUCCUUAAUGGCGGGUCGCAUGCCUCAAUUAAAUGACCUGCCUGCCCGCUUUAAUGACGAGUAAAAGAGUGAGAGAGAGAGAGAGACAGAGAGAGAGAGAGAGAGAGUCUUUUCUUCCUUUCGAAUAUAUAUCCCCUCCCCCCUCUCUCUCUCUCUCUCCCUCUCUCCCUCUCUCUCCUCCGUGUCUGCUGUUCUCGCUGCGCGGCGGUUAGUUGGAAGCAUUAAUGUGGCUAUUUCAUCGAAGCAGUCGAUGGAGGAGGAAGGGGGUGGUGGUGGAUGGAAAUGAAGUACCGGGAAAGGCGGAAGCGGAGACGUGGGGGAGGACGUGGCUGGCACGUUCCACUCGGCAUGUAGAACAGGGUAGAAGGCCUUCGCGUCACCCGUCUCUCUUACCCGCCCUGCGACUUCAUGACACGCCGUGAGUUAUUCAUCGUUCCUCCUCUUGUAGUUUCUGUUUCUGGGUGUUGUGCUGUUGCGACAGUUGGACAUAAAAUAAAUAGUUGGAAUUUAAUUUCAA